AUGUUACCAGCGGCAAUGGUGAGACGUUUCAGCACUGCAUCAGUGAAGGCGCAAUUGUCCAAUGCCGUCCCAACGGCAGAGCCGGAUAGAAGACGACCCCAGUUGAGGAAGUCCAAAUCCUGGGCAGAUGGUCUGGCGCCAGCACCACCCCCUGUGCCCAGACUUGCCAUACCAAGCCGCCCAAAGUCCGGCAAUUCUCGACAAGUGGAGCCUUCGAAGGACCUCGUCGUCAACAACGACGAUCCCACUGUCGAUUCACCCUUGGCUCAGGAGAAGCCAAAAAAGAGCAUGCUGCCGUCCUGGAUGCGUCAUCUGAUCGACCGGGCAAACGAGAUCAUGCGGCCAGCAGCUAAAGAAUACCUCCGGGACACGACAGAUUACACCAAGAGAUUAGGGCUGGACCGAGCCGAAGUUGAGGGACUCAUGCAGUCUGGCAUGCAGGCCCGGCGCAACUCGUUGACUCCAGGAGCUCGGCUUCCUCGCAGCCGCACAGUGGCAUCAUUGGACUCGCAGGAGUCCUUGCCAGCUGCACGCCACCCUGGGGAAAGACCCACGGACCAGAAGGUUCGCCGGGAUUCUCACGUUGGCUCUUCUGGCCGCCGGAUAUCAUCAACUCCGGCACCGCGAAUCAUCCGCAGCCGCACAGUGGCAUCGCUGUCGACUCUGGACUCGCAGGAGCUCAAGAAUUGGCAUAAAGAGUCCCGGCGAGCUCGCCGGAACCGUGGCACUUCUGACAGGUAG